AAAGAUCAAUCAAUUUAACCCAUUUACCUCUUCUCGUCGUAUUUCCCUACCUUUUCCCUCUGUCCAAGUUUGCGGUCUCGGGCAAAUUUUGUGUUACUCCAUCAAUCCACAUUUUCCCAUUUUCUCUCCACGACCUCCAGGAUGGCGAAGGAGGACCAAGCUGGCGCCUCGGACAAGGGCAAGGGAAAGGUAGAUGAUGUUCGCGAACUACAAGAGGAUAAAAAGGACAGCAAAGAUGGAAAGUUUAUGAUGAAUGGGAAGAAAGAUGAGGAGCCUAAAGAAGAAGAACUCAGUGAAGAAGACCAGCAGCUGAAGGAGAAGCUUGAGAUGCUGGUGGAAAGAUUGCAGGAACCCAAUACCUCACUAUAUAAACAAGCUCUAGAGACGAUUAAAGAGCUUAUCAAGACCUCCACCUCAUCUAUGACCGCGGUGCCAAAGCCCUUGAAGUUCCUGCGGCCACACUAUGACGAGCUCACGACUUUGUACGAACAGUGGUUAGCUGGCGACGACAAAGACUCCCUUGCAGAUAUGCUAUCCGUACUAGGGAUGACAUACGGUGAUGAAGAAAAGUUUGAAACGCUAAAAUAUCGCCUUCUUUCCCGAUCAGAUGACCUUGGGUCCUGGGGCCAUGAGUACAUCAGACACCUUGCUUUGGAGAUUGGGCAGGAGUAUCAGAAUAGGAUAACGGACGAAAAGGAUGUACAAGACUUGGUUGACCUCGCAUUGUCUCUGGUGCCCUAUUUCCUCAGACAUAAUGCCGAAGCCGAUGCCGUUGAUCUCUUGAGCGAGCUAGAAAUGAUCGAAGAGAUUUCCAAAUUUGUCGACGAAAAUACAUACCCCAGAGUGUGCCUUUAUAUGGUCAGCAUGGUCAAUCUGCUCACAUAUCCGGAGGAUCACCAAUUUUUACGGACGGCCCACGAUAUUUAUAUGCGGUACAACAAAUUUACGCAGGCCAUCGUUAUCGCCAUUCGUUUGAACGAUAUUGAUUUGAUAAUGAGCGACUUCAAUGCUACAACCGACAAAUCGAUUAGAAGACAGAUGGCUUUCCUCGUUGCCCGUCAACAAAUCUGGCUUGAUCUUGACGACGAUAAAGAUUCGGAAUUGGUGGAUUGUUUAAACAACACUCAGCUUUCCACACACUUCCGGACGCUUGCGAAGGAACUAAAUAUCAUCGAUCCAAGAAUGCCCGAAGAUAUCUAUAAGACUCACCUUGAGAGCAAUCGGGGUGCGGGCCUCACUAAUGUCGAUUCUGCAAGACAUAACCUUGCCAGUGCUUUCGUUAAUGCCUUCACGAACGCUGGGUUCUGCAAUGAUAAGAUGAUGUUGGUUGAAGAUGAUAAGGGACCGUGGGUUUGGAAAACGAAGGAUGAUGGUAUGAUGUCGACCACCGCAUCGAUGGGAAUGCUUCUUCAAUGGAACGUUGAGGAAGGUUUGGAUAAAAUCGACAAGUUCACAUAUGCAGAAGAGCACCAAAUCAGGGCGGGAGCAUUACUCGCCAUCGGUAUUCUCAAUUCUGGUGUCCGGCUUGAUUCCGAUCCCGCACUUGCUCUCCUCGGUGACGCGGAAAACCUGUCUAACAAAAACACCAUGAUGAGAGUAGCAUCGAUAAUGGGCUUGGGUCUUUCGUACGCUGGAUCGUGCAGAGAGGACCUGUUGGACCUAUUGCUACCUAUUGUUGAAGAUGCAUCAUUGCCCAUGCAAAUUUCGGCUAUGGCAGCUGUGUCCUUAGGCUUAGUAUUUGUUGGCUCUUCGAAUCAUCAGGUUAGCGAGGCCAUCGCUACGACUUUGAUGGACGAAGAGAGACAACCUCAGCUAAAAGACAAGUGGACAAGAUUUAUGGCUCUUGGCCUUGCGCUCCUGUAUUUUGGAAGACAGGAAGAAGUCGAGGUAAUUCUUGAUAUCCUGAAAGCGAUUGAUCACCCGAUGGCCAAGCCCACCUCUGUCUUGGCUUCCGUUUGUGCUUGGGCAGGCACCGGUACGGUCUUAAAACUUCAAGAGCUUCUCCAUAUUUGCAAUGAUCAAAUUGAAGACAAGGAGGAGAAGAAGGGGGAGGAGCUCGUUCAAUCAUAUGCCGUUCUGGGUCUGUCCCUUAUCGCAAUGGGAGAGGAUAUUGGCCAAGAGAUGGUGCUCCGGCAAUUCGGACAUCUCAUGCACUACGGGGCUGCAAAUAUCAGAAAAGCCGUUCCUCUUGCUAUGGGUCUCAUCAGCGCAAGCAACCCACAAAUGGGCGUUUAUGAUACCUUGUCGCGAUACAGUCACGAUAAUGACAAUGACGUCGCCAUCAAUGCCAUAUUCGCGAUGGGUCUCCUUGGUGCGGGUACCAACAAUGCUAGGCUUGCACAACUCCUCCGACAACUUGCCAGCUACUAUCACCGCGACCAAAACUCUUUGUUCAUGGUCCGAAUUGCUCAGGGCCUCCUUCACAUGGGGAAAGGCAGUCUUACAUUCAACCCAUUCCACACUGAUCGACAGGUUCUAUCGCGAGUUGCUGCAGCCGGUCUACUCACCGUCUUGGUCGCCAUGAUAGAUGCCAAAGAUUUCGUUCUUGCCGACUCGCAUUACCUUUUAUAUUAUCUUGUUACCGCCAUGUACCCUCGAUUCCUUGUUACUCUCGACGAGGAUUUGCAGCCACUUAAGGUGAACGUUCGGGUUGGCCAAGCUGUGGAUGUUGUGGGCCAGGCUGGUAGACCAAAGACUAUCACUGGCUGGCAAACACAAAGCACUCCUGUCCUCCUGUCCUAUGGAGAAAGGGCCGAGCUGGAAGACGAGGAGUAUAUCAGUCUUAGCAGCAGCCUUGAAGGGCUUGUCAUUUUGCGAAAGAACCCCGAAUGGGAAAGCUCAUCAUGAGAUUUUGGCAUGUCGGAUCUGGAUUGUUCUAUGGGAUGAAAUGUAUUUUCUUUUGCAUUACUGCUAGAUAAACUGGGGUUCCUGCUUUGCGGCAAGUAGGUGUGUUCAAUACAAUUAAUUUCAAAAUUGAAAAGUCACAUAGUGCUCUAUGAUUUAUG